AUGUACGGGUGUAGGAGUGUGCCCAACGUGUCAGCAAUGCUAUACGAAAACCAAACGAAUUACAUGUACACGUUGACGUUCACUCUGAGCAGUCCUUACAACCCUUCGCCAGCUACUGUGCAGGUCAAAUUGAAUCCAAGAGUGCAAUCUCUCAAGUUUCAAUCUUCUGGUGCUGUCUGCACAUGUGUUACGCAAUGCGCGUCUCCCGUGAAUUUGAUUGCCUUGGAGUAUUUUACAUUCUCCUUUCAAAUCCAGGCAUCUGAUUGCUCGGGGAAAUCGCCGUUGACACAGAUGCAGUCGUCUGUUGGAGUUGCGAUACAAAGCAGUCCAGAUCCAAAUUCUCAAUUAUUCGGAACGACGCAAGUCGCUUUCGUCGAUGGUACUGCUACAUUUGAUCAAUUAUAUGUGGACAAGAAAGGUGAUGGAUACCUCUUGGAGUUCAACUAUCUUGGAAAUUCCAAGGCAUUCAGCAUCAAGUCACCAGCUCUUUGUAUUCAAGAAGGGGUCACAAGCAUCAAACUUCUGUCCACACCAGAGAAAGUCAACCAGACAGCAGGCAUUCCCUUCACGAUCCAACCUAAAGUACAGUUGAUGACUUCGACAUCUGUGGCUUAUGGCUCGCGAGGAUUCGUGACGGCAAGCAUCAACUUUGAUCCCGGAGCUAAGAGUGUUCAGAACCCUGGAACAUCGCAACUGCUUGGUACCACCAUCCUCCAGUCAAAUCUAGGAACUGUUACCUUCACAGACUUGGCGAUCAACAAGGCAUCCGUGGGUCAGGGUUAUAUCAACAGUGGCUUCACUCUCACCUUCGCUUACUUCUCAGCUACGGUGCAAACUGGAUCUAUUCCGGUGUAUCCCAACAUCUGGACCAAGCUCCUGGUUCCCUACAACAAGCAGCCAGUUGGAGGGCGGAGUACAAACAAAUCGUAG